GCAGCACCAGGAGCAGCAGCGGGAGGAGUAGGAGGAGGCCAUGGCUCGAUAUUGAGUGACGUGGACAGUGUCAGGACUGAGUAACAAACUUCGUGGGAAUAAAAAGUCUUGUCCUCUCUGUCAGCUCAGCCAGGAUCCACUGACCACAACACAAUGAGUGUGGAUAAAGCAGAGCUCUGUGACUCACUGUUUACUUGGUUGCAGACGUUUCAGGUGCCGUCAUGCAGCAGCAAGCAGGACUUGAUGAGCGGUGUGGCCAUUGCUCAUGUGCUGCACAGAAUAGACUCCUCCUGGUUUAAUGUGACAUGGCUAGGCAGGAUCAAGGAGGAGAGCGGGGCCAACUGGCGCCUCAAGGUAAUUUGUGAAACAACAGGAUGUGACAUAAAACUGUACAGCAACCAAAAGUGCUCAAUAUCUCCAGGUUUUUCUUUUUUACUUUUUUCCCUGAUGAGAAUAUGGGUUGAGUUUUUAACUCUUGUUUUAUUCUUUCAGGUCAGCAACUUGAAGAAGAUUCUGAAGAGUAUGAUGGAGUAUUAUCAUGACGUGCUCGGUCAUCAGGUGUCAGAUGAGCACUUGCCAGAUGUUAACCUCAUAGGAGAGAUGGGCGAUGUGACUGAGCUGGGAAAGCUGGUACAGCUUGUACUGGGCUGUGCUGUUAGUUGUGAGAAAAAACAAGAACAAAUACAACAAAUAAUGACACUUGAGGAAUCAGUCCAGCAUGUUGUGAUGACAGCGAUCCAGGAGCUCUUAUCAAAGGAACCUUCAUCUGAACCAGGGAGCCCAGAGACCUACGGAGACUUUGACCACCAGUCCAGGAAGUACUAUUUCCUGAGUGAGGAGGCAGAUGGGAAGGAGGACCUGAGUCAGCGCUGCCAAAACCUGGAACAUCAGUUGUCAGUGGCACUGGAGGAGAAGUUGACCCUGCAAGCAGAGACUCGCGCCCUGAAGGAAAAGCUGAGCCGCCGUGACUCCCUGGACACCACCGCCACUUCCAUCACUGGCAAAAAGCUGCUGCUGCUGCAGAGUCAGAUGGAGCAGUUGCAAGAAGAGAAUUACAGACUGGAGAAUAGCAGAGAUGACUUGCGUCUGCGAGAAGAGAUUUUGGAGCGGGAGGUGACCGACCUGCAGCUGCGUAAUGAAGAGUUGACCAGCCUAGCGCAGGAGGCCCAGGCCCUCAAAGACGAGAUGGACAUUCUCAGGCACUCGUCUAAUCGAGUGAACCAGCUCGAAACACUGGUGGAGACGUAUAAACGGAAGCUGGAGGAUCUGGGAGACCUGCGAAGACAGGUGCGCCUCCUGGAGGAGCGCAAUACUGUGUACAUGCAGCGUACCUGUGAGCUGGAGGAGGAGCUCCGCCGGGCGAACGCAGUCCGCAACCAGCUGGACACCUACAAGAGACAGGCUCAUGAGCUUCACACCAAGCACUCAGCAGAGGCCAUGAAAGCUGAGAAGUGGCAGUUUGAGUACAAGAACCUUCACGACAAGUAUGACGCACUGCUGAAAGAGAAAGAACGUCUGAUCUCGGAGAGAGAUACACUUCGGGAGACAAAUGAUGAGCUCAGGUGUGCACAAGUCCAGCAGAGGGGCCUCAGUGGAGCAGGAGGCUUGUGUGACACUGAUGUCACUGUUGGGAACCUUGCUGCAGAGAUCAUGCCCACUGAGCUCAAGGAGACCGUUGUGCGCCUUCAGAGUGAAAACAAGAUGUUGUGUGUCCAGGAGGAGAGCUACAGUCAGAAACUGGUGGAGGUGCAGGCCGAGCUGGAGGAAGCUCAGCGCAGCAGGAACACUCUGGAAACUCAGAACAGGUUGAACCAGCAGCAGAUCUCAGAGCUGCGUGCUCAGAUCGAGGAGCUCCAGAAAGCAAUGCAGGAGCAGGACAGCAAGAAUGAAGAUUCCUCCUUAUUGAAGAAGAAGCUUGAGGAACAUUUGGAGAAGCUCCAUGAAGCUCACUCAGAUCUCCAAAAGAAAAGAGAGGUCAUCGAUGACCUCGAGCCCAAAGUGGACGGCAAUAUGGUGAAGAAGAUUGAUGAACUCCAGGAGAGCUUGCGUAAAAAGGACGAGGACAUGAAGCAGAUGGAGGAGCGAUACAAGCGCUAUGUGGAGAAGGCAAGAACGGUGAUCAAAACCCUGGAUCCCAAGCAGCAGCCGGUGACUGGUACUCCUGACAUUCAAGCUCUCAAGAACCAGCUGACGGAGAAGGAAAGAAGGAUCCACCACCUGGAGCACGACUAUGAGAAGAGCAGAGUCCGACACGAUCAAGAGGAGAAGCUCAUCAUCAGUGCAUGGUACAACAUGGGUAUGGCGUUGCAUCAGAAAGUGACCGGCGAGCGAGUGGGACCCUCUAACCAGGCCAUGUCCUUCCUCGCCCAGCAGAGACAGUCCACCAACGCCAGGAGAGGCCUGAUUCGAAAUCACCCAAGAUAAUGGGAUGAACAAAAAAAAAUAGCAACGCUCCAGCAGAUGAACAAAACAAAACACACAGAGAUGAUACUGACUGGAGAUACAGCAAUCUUCACCUGAACCUCUGUCAUUUUGCCUUAAUGCCUUCACUGGGUUGCUGCACCUCAAAGAGAAUGUUUCCUUGCUGCUGCUGCCCCCUGCUGGAUCGUAAUGGUACAAGAUGUAUUUUGUUCUCUGUGUAGCCUCAGAGAAGAGAGACGCUACAGUGUUUGACUGUGAUGUUGAUCAAAUUCAGAGUAAACUCACAGAAAGAAAUGACUGGCUGGAGUAGGAGGAGUCAUAGCCUUAAAAAGAGACUGUCACCUUUUAAGGUGGCUUUUGUUUCCUCUUUAGCUUCUCAGACACACUCCUAUUGUUUUAAUUGUUAUCAUUUUUUUUUUAAUACAUGAUGAAAUGUGAAUUAGUUUUGUCAAGGUUACAGGUGAAAUGUGGUUGACGAGGUAGAGGCAAUACAUUUACUACUGUAUUUUUAAUGCUGUAAAGCUACACAAGUUGGUGUUGGACAUUAGCCAUUAGUACACCUCUUUGGUUUUGUUUAUUUGUUUUUCCUUCCUGAAAAUGUGUGUUUAGUGUUGUUUUGUUUUGCUUUGAUAAUAUAUCAAGUCCAGGAGGUUUGUUUAAUGGCUUUAGUCAUAUUUUUUCUCUAAUUGAGUAUUCACAAUAAUACAUUUUCAUUAGAAUCUUACAAGGUACACCAAAGCACUUUCUCUCUACAUGGGUGGGUUUGUCCUUUGCCUCACUACAUACAUUACUCUUGUCUCUUUUAUUUAAAGAUUCUAGGGUCUCGUUCAUCAUGUCGAGUGCUAAUGUGACUUCUGUGAAUGAUUUUGAUUUUUUUUUUCUAAUUCCUUUUCGUGCCCUCUUCCCAAAGACUGAAGAAGGGUGUUGGACCUAAUGCCACUCACCACUUUAUUCACAGCUUUUCACUGAUUGUGAACAGAGAUAACUGAAGGCCUCUUUGUUUAUCACAAAAGCUGGAAAACAUGAUUUUAUUGAUUCCUUCAUUUUAAUAACACUAAAAAUGAUCAAAACUUGGCUAAUGGCUAACCUCAUCCAUAGUUCAACCGACGUGGAAGGAUUAUGUUCAUUAAUACACUGGAAUUUUUUUGUUGUUUGUUGACAGGAAGUCAGUGGCAGAUAGGUUGAGCCUGUAAUAGAUGGCUAAUAUAUCUGCACUCGUUAUCUGCUUUUAUUCACUUCUGGUACUUUUACUUUUCAGCUGAUGUAGUAACUUCAAUGUGUCCCAUGUCAGACCUGCUGGUUUUGUUCCUGUUAACAUUUGUGCUAUGAUCCACACCGACCAGAAUAUUGCUGUUGUGUGCAUGUGCUUUUUUUUUUUCCAAUGUUUCAUUAUUUUAUUAUAGAGUUCAUAUUUAUGGUGGUGUGUCAUUAUCUUUGCUGCACAUUUGCAUGGCUGGAAGGGUUGAACAUUUUUGGUUAUUGUAUCACAAUGGUCUAGUAGAUUAACCAUACUGAACUUAACACAGGGGUCUGAGGCAAGGUAAAGAUUUGUAGUCCUGUCUGCUCUACUUUUGCACUACAAAUAAAUGGGAUGUUGAGAAAGUG